GUCUGUACAGCCACCAAAGGAGUCGAGGCUGAGAAUGGGUGAAUUUUUAUGAAAAUGCAGCGUGAGGAUCAAACCUGCAGUCUCUCUGAUAAAAUGGAACACAAGGAAUCAGAGGGGUCCUUGUGCAUAAACUGCAAUCUUGACUCUCCACAUGGGCACUUGUUAAAAACAGCAGAAGAUAUAAACUACUUAAAGAAAAGGAAUCCCUCUGACCUCCACACAUCUUCACAGUCGUCUUGCCAAAGCGGGACAAUGAAGAGGGAGGAGCUUGAACAUCCGCACGAGCUCCAGAAGGAGAAACCUGAUGACAAGGAGAGAAGCAGGAGCCAACAAAUUAACAAAACAAAGGAUUUACCUCUUAGAGACAGAUCUUGGGAUCAGACUUUGGCUGCUGGACUUGACGGCUGGCUUGGCAGCUCGACUGAUAGGAAGCGGCAGCUGGAGAGUGACAGCUUUGUAGAAGUAAAGAGGCUGAAGAGGGAAUCAGUGGAGGACAGCUUUGACUCUUCACACGUCAAAUCAGUGCAUCAAAUGAGGGAAUUAUCUGCCUUGUACCCUUACAGUAAUAGAUUUAGUGUUAGAAGAACUCCUAGUGGGAACAUUUCUUAUCCAGGAGCUGAAUUACAUCCCUACCAAACAAUUUGGGACUCUAAAAAAGCAGACCUCUACUGGAGACAAAAUGUGCUAAGAGACCACUCCUCUAAUCCCUGCAGAGUGAUCAGGAUACCUUCAGUAUCGCAGAGGCACAAAGAUGCUUUUUGUGGUUACUCCUCUACACCUCUUCACUUCCCUCUAGCUGUGAGGCAGCAGGAGACAGUUUACAGCAGAGGGAGGGAGUUUCUACACCCAUACCAACAGAAGUAUAGUUUCUACCUCAGUAGAUCUCAGCUCCCACACCCCGGCUUUCUACAGACAUCCCACUUCGAACAUUGAGUCUCCAAGGACAAAACAGGAGAACCACUGCAUCCAUGACAAGAAGUUUUCUGGUCACUCUGGUCUGUGCAUGAAGUCAGUGGAACUCCAAACUGUCCUGGACAUGAAAAUGGAGUUAGUACAAGCAUUUUUAAGCAAAGUCUCAAAUAUUAACAAAAAAAUAUCUGUUAGAGCUUUAAUGAAGCAAUGAAAAAUCCUCAUAAAACAAAGGUGAA